AGCCAGCACGUGUGUGCCUGUGUGGUAGGUGAAAUGGCCAGUGCUUCAGUGUUUCAGGAUGAGUUCUGUUGUCCUAUCUGUCUGGAUCUGAUGAAGGAUCCGGUGACUGUUACCUGUGGACACAGUUUCUGUUUGAACUGUAUUACGGGGUGCUGGGAUCAGGAAGACCAUAAGGGUGUUUACAGCUGCCCCCAGUGCAGAGAGACCUUCACUCCUAGACCUGUUAUUCGCAGAAACACAUUGCUGGCUGAUGUUGUGGAGAAACUGAAGAAGACAGAAGUCCAGUCUGAAGACACGUCUCCUUCCAACGCCGGACCCGACGAUGUGGAGUGUGAUUUCUGCACUGGGAGAAAACACAAAGCCAUCAAGUCGUGUCUAACAUGCAUGGGCUCUUACUGUGAGGUUCACAUCCAAUCUCAUUAUCAAGUGGCCUGUCUGAAAAAGCACAAGCUAGUGAACGCCUCCUCACGGCUACAAGAGAAGCUCUGCUCACAACACGACAGAAUCAUUGAGGUGUUUUGUCGCACAGAUCAGAAGUUAAUAUGUAUGCUCUGUUCAAUGGAUGACCACAACGGACACAAAAUUGUUUCCGCUAUAGCAGAACGAACUGAGAAGCAGAAAGAGUUGUUGGUGAUGAAGAAGGAUAACCAAAAGUGGAUCCAGCAGAAGGAGAAGGAGGUGGAGGAGGUGAAAGGGGCUUUGAAGUCUCUGCAGGCCUCUGCACAAAAAGCUGAUGAGGACACAGAGAGGAUAUUCACGGAGCUGAUCAGCUUCUUGGAGAAAAAACGCUCUGAGGUGAAAGAGUCGAUCAGAGCUCAGGAGAAGGCAGAGGUGAGUCGAGCUGAAGGACUCCUGAAGCAGCUGGAGCUGGAGAUCGCUAAGCUAAAGAACAGAUAUGCUGAGAUGGAGCAACUCCAGCCAAUUGAGGACCCCAUUGAUUUCCUUCAGAGUUUCCAGUCACACCUCACCUCCUCACCUGCGGCUAAGAACCUUCCCAAGAUUACUUUUGACACAAAGUUCUCCUUCAGCGAAGUGAUGAAAUCAGUGUCUCCGUCUCUAAAUGAGAAAACAAAACAGUUCCUCCAGAACAUAUUUAAAGUCACGGGCUUAAUGAAGGGGGACAAGGUCAAACUGAAGACUCCUCAGACCGUUGGCAAGACUUUACAAUGUAAUCAUCACAAUGGAUUAGUGUACAUCAAACACAAGUAUAACAUCACUGUCAGUGGUGUGGGUGAGGUAACAGGUUUUACAGGGCCCGAUACUGUGACCGUUAACUUUCCUGAGCUGCCUGGUUGGCAGGGGAGUUCUUCUCUGCUGGAACUGGUAUUUGCAAUAAAGAAAGAGCCAUGAUCAUGAUGAAGAUUAUUAUGAUCUCUUACAUAUUUACUUCCCCUUACGUUCAUUUUGGACCGACCAAAACCACCCUAGAUGUCCCUCUAUGCAAAUGAUCUGCUGAUGCUCUAUGCAAAUACAUUUGACAUUUGACCUUUAUUUUAUGCAACAUUAUGAACAGCUGCAAAGAUCACAUCUUGAAAUCAUUCAUGAAUCGAUUUCCUCGCUCUUCUUUCUGCCUUUGUUAGCGUGUAACAAUCUCCAUAUUAUGAUCUAUUAAUAGUGUAUGCCACUUUUGCAGUGUCACAGUAGAGUGGAAUUUAUUAACACAAUGCAGCUUAUAUGUCAAUGCGGCAAUGCCUUUGUUUCUUGUUCAUUAAGUUUAAUCCAAAGAAGAAUGACGACCUGUUAAUCAGUUAAAGACUUAAGAUGUUCUUUGAAUUCAUUUUGUUGUCAUGUAAGGGUAGGUGCAAAGUAAUGCACAUUAUACGGUAUAUCACGGUUUUAUCAGUGCCGAUGUUGGAGUAUAUUUCACCUUGAGGCUUUAUGAAUAAACAA